UCAUUACCGAUGGGCCGUGCUCAUUACCGAUGGGCCGGGCUCAUUACCGAUGGGCCGGGCUCAUUACCGGGGGGCCGGGCUGUCCCCCUGCGGGCACCGCCCCGUCCCGGCGGCGGGCGCGGCUGUUUACAGGUCGGACAAGUCGCGUCGGUCUGCGGAAAGAGACACCUGAGGACAUCUGCAAAGAUGUGGCCGCUCUGGGGGCUGGACCUGAACCGUGUGCGCUGUGACCUGCUCUUCACAGAAGCCAUCAACCAAAGGAUGCAGGUUCCCAACAGGCUGAAGGUGGCAGAGAGCUGCAGCCCUGGUGACAGGAGGACAGUGGCAGAGGAUGUCCCUGCGUCCUUUCGGAUGCACAUCCCUGACAGGAUUUCUCUGGCAGAGAUACCAGACACCAGCUUGAGGCCAGUGCUGUUGACCCAGCCGAGGAAGGUCCCCUCUGUUGUGGUGCACGUGUCCCCAGACCCCUCUGGGGACCUCCCUUUCCUGCCCUCGGGCAGCAGAGCCAGCGCCCAGCGCCGCAAGCGAUCGGGCCACCACAGCAGCAGGUCACGGAGGGACAGGACCCCGAGUGACUGUGCCCAGCUGGCAGCACCAGGACAGCACCAGGAGGGGCCGGACUCGUGUCCCCUGCCUGCUCCCAGUGCCCCUCUCCCCCUCCUCACAGAGGCAGGCAGGAUCUACUCCAUGCAGAACAUCUUCCACACCAUGUACCUGCUGGGCCAGGUGCUCUUCCACCGUGUCCAGGACUCUCUGCAAGACCCAGCACUGCCCAGCUCUGCUUUCCCUUUGCAGCUCCCAGGAGCCCGUCCCAGCUGCAGAGAGCGCCUCGGAGGAGGCCGGGGUGACGGAGGUGGCAGCCAUGAGAAGGCAGCUGGCGAGGAUCUCGGGGAGGCUGCGCGUGCUGGAGGAGCAGAGCCACGCCUGGAGACAGAAGGAGGCCCUGGUGUACUCGGUGAUGAUCUCUGCUUGCCUCAUCAACACGUGGCUCUGGCUCAGAAGAUGAUGGCCCGUGGCUGACCUACCCUGCUCACCCUGGCAGGGUGGGUGAGGAGCAUUUCUCGUGCACUUGCCAGCUGUGAAACUCUUUUUUUCGUGACUUUUUGCACUUUUGGCCCUCGAGAAUCUGUGUCCUUCAGGCCUUGAUGACAGUGGAGAUGUGAGAAGCUGCUGUGAAGAGCUGAGGUCUCCUAAGAACUCUGGGGGCACACAGGAGAUGUCUGUUCUGUGCAGUUGUCCUCAGGCUGCCAGGGGAGAUGUAAACUUGAGGUGUUGGGCGUUUGGGGUGAUGCCUUGGGAAGGCUGAGCUGGAACAGAGACUGCACAGAGCUGGAGAAUAAAGUAGAUAUUUACUGAAAAGCCUUUAGGGUACACCUUGGGCAGGACAGGGCAACACCCAGGGUGGACCCAAUAUGGUCACAAAAUGGACAGGUCUCACACUUUGAUCAGUUUUGGUCCAUUUGCACAUUGGGGUUUAAUUGUCCCAUUCCAGCUCCAGGUUGUGAGGUCCCAUCCUUCUUGUUCCUCCCUCCAGCCACUGCUGUUUGUGCUUUUGGGGCUGAAAGUUGUCCUUGGUGUGCAGCAGGAAAAGGAUUUGUUUUGUGUUGCUGCUGUGUGCAGAGAGCUGAGUGACCCUGAGUGUGAGCUCAGAGCUGCACCCUGGGCAGCACAGAACAUGGAAUACAGCAAAGAUAAAACUUGAGGCAUCAUUUGACAUGGGUUCCUGUUACAGUCGCAGCCUGUGGUGGGCUGGGUCCCCUGGCCACAUCCCACCUUGGAGAUCUCAACUCUGACCCCAUAAGAAUUCUCAGCCGACUGCUGUGGUCUGUUCCUCAUCUUCUGUAGAGUGGCUGAGCGUUCCUCAUCUUCUGCUGGGUUUUCUUUCCUUCCUUCCUUGUGCAGCUGCUGUUUGCUGGAGGUGGUGCUGCCAGGCCUCCUGUGCCACAGCCCCUCUUGCAGGAAUGGAGCUGCAGGGGCCAGCAGCUCCCACCCCUGCAGCCACAGCAGCUUUGCAGAUGUUCACAUCCAAAGUGACUGUAAGAGCCUUGCUGACAUCCUGCCUUAUCCAGGGCCUCGGUUCUUUCCCAGAGAGAUUUACGUGGGAAGCCUCCCCUUGGUGGCUCUCUGGGUUAUAAAACCUCAGAUCAACAGUGAUAGCCCCAAACAGGUCAGGGAAAAUUGAUAUUUGUUAGGCUCCCCGUGGCAGAGGGGAGUGGAGGAGUGUCUCUCCCAGGUCUUGCUGCCAAACUGCAGCUUCAGGGGUGGUGCAAGAACAUGGGUGAGGGAAACUCCUGACCCAGAUGCUCUUUAGCUGUAAACAAGCUCAGUCUAACAGCUUUUCUGUUCGUUUCCUUCUCUAGAGUUUAGCAACACCUGAUUCCGAGGUGACUUUGAGAUGUUUUUGGUGGCUCGUCCAGCACAUCUGCUGGAGUUGUGCAUGUAGGCUCUGGGGGGCAGGUUUUGGCAAGGCUUAACAGGACCUCUCUGCAUCACCUAUAGCUAAUUAUAGUUGGAUCUACAUGUCAUCCAGAUGUCCCAACAGCUUAUUUACAGACACCAGCGCUCAGAUGUUUCCUGCUUGACACCACAUCAAGCGCUCGUGACCGCGAAUCUGGCAGCUGGACGGUGAUUAAUAAAGAACUGUCCCAAAGUAAUUGCAGGUCUGAACCUGUGGCCGAUUGCUGAGCUGGGGAGAGCGCUGGGGUUUAUUGCAGACAAGAGCCAGGGUGAUGUGGUGGGCUUGGUGUGCUGUGCUGUGGCAGGGGGAUGUGCAGCUCAGGGGGCUCCUGUGGCUCAGGGAGGUGGCCAGGGUCGCCAGGGCACCUUGCACAACUGUUCUGUGUGAGUCGUGCCAGGAAUUGAGGUAAAUUGCCUGAUUUCUCUCCUCUGAGAGGUGUUAACGUGUUUUGGAGGAAGCCUGUGUUUGGGGUUUAUUUAGGGUAGAAGGGAUGACUUCGGGAGGGCACACCACCUUCAGAGUGUGGCUUGAAGGGGUUUGGAGGAGAGCUGGUCAAACUGGACGUGUUCUCAUGGGCUAGUUACUGGCAGGUAGUGGAAGAUAUAACUUCUAUGUAGGGCAUAAAUCUGGAAAUACUGGCCACAAAAUGCAUAUUUUAAUAAACUCUGUGUGUUCUGGA